CUGUAUUUCUUCUUCACCAGAAAGAAAAAUCUGUAUUCUUAUCCUACGCUAUUCUUAAACUACACCCCAGGCUCUCCAGUCUACUUCCCCCCGGCAUGCUCAAUUUUCCCAGGGGGACCCUUCCCCUGCGAAUGAAACUUCGGUUAACCAUAAGUAAAGCCAAUGUACGUCGAGACAGUUUCCGCGAGUUACUCUGAACCUUUACAUCAGAUGCUGAUUUCCCUAUCUAAAUUCUUCUUGCAGUGGCCUGAUCUGCUUGGAUUUGGGCUUUAUUUGAUGAGAAAAACAUACUCACAUGCGUUUAUCAUUUAUGGUUCUGAAAUUUUUUCUCCGUCAGAUCUGGGUCUCUGUGAAGAUGUGAGCUUUUAAGCUUUUCAUGGGGGAAAAAAAACACUCAUCUUUUCCUUUCCAAUUGGAUGUUCGUUGCUUUUCUUUUAUUUCCCAGUCUGUAGAAUCUUUCUUACCUUUAGUUGUUCGUUGGUGGCAGAUUUAUUGCAGAGAAAAGGAUCUUCUUUCUGUGUAAUUGGCCAUGUUAUUUUUAUUCCGUUGAAUGCGGGACUCAUGAUUGCCACAGCUGCCAAAUCUGUUUUGGUUUUAUGAAGUGCUUGAUCAAUGUGGUCUGAUUUAUGUGGAGUGGAUGGAUGUGUGUGAAUUGCAGCAAGCAUUACCGAGCCACCGACCUAUAGAGACCCGACGACCACCCUUGGUUUCGGCGAAAAAGAACAAUGCAGUCACCUCCCGGACGAGGGAAGGUAGUACCACAAGGUAUAGCUCACCUUCUCCGGCAACACCAUCUAGUUGCCGGCGAUACUCAUCUCCGAACCUCACAAGAACAACAACUCAGUCUUCCCAAUUGUUACAUAAAAGAGCUCAGUCAGUGGAACGGAGACGGCCUUCAACUCUUUCUCCUCCAAGUCCAUCUACACCAGUCCAUGAGGCAUCUGUUGAUGUGCAGAUGUCAUCAAGAAAGAUAACUUGUGGUCGUUUGCAGGAGAGUUUAUGGCCUUCCACAAUGCGGAGCUUGAGCGUUUCUUUCCAGUCAGAUGCCAUUUCCAUACCUGUGAGCAAGAAAGAGAAGCCAAUUACUAGUGUUUCUGAUCGUACUCUGAGACCGACUUCAAACGUGGCACACAAGCAGGUUGAAACUCCAACUAUGCGGAAGCCUAGUCCAGGGAGAAAGAGGAGUCCUCUCAAAGGGAAGAAUGCUUCUGAAUCAGAAAAUUCCAAACCAGUUGAUAGUUCCCACUCUCGAUUGACAGAUCAGCAUCGGUGGCCAAGUAGAACAGGAGGAAAUGUAUCUUCUAAUGCAGUGCAUACUAGUGUAGAGUUUGCUGAUAAGGCAGCCAGAACAUUGCCCUCUUCCGUUCCUGUUACCGGGUCUUCACCAAGAAAAUUGUCCUUGUCAAAUGAAGCAAGCAAGCCCUUUCAAAAGUCUUCUAGAGACACCGCAAGACUACUAAUGCUUCCCGAAAAUGGAAAAAUAGGAAGCGACGUGAAACCCGUUGAUGAUAGUUCGCUGUUAAUAGUAGGCCCUCAAAAAUUUGUUUCUGCAAGAUCAUAUGAUAAAAUAGGAUUAUUGACUCCUCCUGCUCGAUCUCGAUCUUUGCCGCCUCCAGGAUUACGUCCACGUUCACCAAAUAUGGCCUUAGUUCUAUCCUCUUGUUGUUCAAGAGGUCAGAGUCCAUCUCAGUCAAGGCCACUCACACCCCCUUCCAGAGGGGUUAGUCCAUCCCGCAUAAGGCCAACCAAUCUGUCCAGUCAAUCCAACAGUUCACUUUCAGUGCUCAGUUUUGUUGCUGAUUUUAAAAGAGGUAAAAAAGCUGCAGCUCACAUUGAAGAUGCUCACCAAUUACGGCUUCUUUAUAACAGAUAUCUGCAAUGGAGAUUUGCCAAUGCAAGAGCUGAGGCUUUACUUUAUAUCCAAAAUGAAACUGUGGAGAGAACUCUGUAUAAUGUAUGGAACACCACUUUGUCUGUGUGGGAUUCCGUAACUAGGAAGAGGAAAAAUCUCCACCAGCUGAAGCUUGAGCUGAAGUUGAACUCUGUUUUGAAAGAUCAAAUGCCCUACCUCAAUGAAUGGGCUUCACUUGAAAGCGACCAUGUCAAUGCUCUAGCAGGAGCUAUAGGAGACCUAAAGGCUGGCAUUCUUCGUCUUCCAGUAACUGGAGGGGCAAUGGCAGGUAUUGAGGAUUUGAAGGUUGCAAUCUGCUUAGCUGUCGACGUCAUGCAAGGAAUGGGAUCCACAAUCUGCUCUUUGCUCGCAGGGGUGGAGGGCAUGAAUGAUUUGGUUUCUGAACUUGCCAUUGUAGCAGCACAAGAAAAAGCCAUGCUUGAUGAAUGUGAAGAACUUCUGGCUUUGGCGGCAGCUAUGCAGGUGGAGGAAAAUAGCCUUCGGACACAUCUCAUGCAAAUGAAGCAAGAGUUGGAGACAAAAAAGUAGCCUUGGUAGAAAAUUUAAACGGGCAUGAAUCUGACCUGCUUCUAAGCUAACCUAUCUCUUGCCACUUCAGUCAUGAUAAAUGAUACAUGGUAUUUCUCAGUGUCUUCACCAUUGCAAAAUUUCUUUCUGGUUUAUCUUCCUCAUUUAUGUUGGAAUUACUUUGUUUGAAUUUUUUCCCCUCUAACACUGUGGACUAAACUGGUGACCCUCUCCUCCUUGUAAGUUAUAAUGUUGUAUCAGGAAAAUCAAAAGAAAAUGCAAAGUAAAUGAGCAAAAUGUUGAAAUUUAGCUUAAAGAGAA